AUAUUUGUCCUUGAGCUUUCAGUAAGACAAAAAGAAAGAAAGAAAGAAAGUAAGAAAGAAAAGCAACACAGGUCGAUCCAGAGCGCCAGCUGGCAACUUUCCGAUCUAGAUCAACAACCAGUGUCCAGAAAGGCACAGUCAUCCCAGACAAAAGACCGAGACGAGAGACGGGCCACAGCCGGUGUGAGGGACGGACGACCCGGCUGCAGCUGCAGGCAAGGGGACUUCACAAAGUGAUUCAAUUCACCAAUCCCGCAUUCUGUGAUGGUAUGUUCAAAUAUGGACACAAAGUUGAUGGAAAAUGAGAGGGACGCUGUCUGUCCCAGGACACGCCCUGUCGAUGGAAAGAGCUCUCUCCAUCGCGCAGCCCCGUCUCGUUUCCCAAAUCGCCGGCUGAACGCGUCCCCGCCUUUAAAUCCCGGUUAAAUGACAGACGGCCCUCAGAAAAACUUGACAGCAUAAACAACAUCAGGCUCCUUUCCUCCUCUCUCGGUCACAUCGGCAAAGAAAGAGAGAGGGAGAGAGAGGGGGGCUCUACCUACCGGGCAUGUCUGCUAGAGACAGCUGGAUUCUAGAGCAGGUCCGAGCCCGAUCCUGGCCGACGUCUACUUGCUGUGCUUCACCCUUCUCUGUGGGACAGUUGACGGGGAGCAGGGCACCAUGCCGACGCUGCCUAAUCUCAACAGCCUGGGCAAGCUGUGCAGCUCCAGCCGCAGUCAGAGUGUCGACCGUGUCCGGGUGAAGCGCAAGAGCUCGGUCAAGCGCAUGUCCAUCAUCGAAGAUGGGCAUGUGGCUGAGGUCCUGUACCUCAUUCCCAAACAGUACAUGGAUCAGCUUCCCUACCUCAACCCAAACGACUAUUAUCUAAGUGAGAGGGUGAACGAUGUCGCUACAGUGGCUCAUGCGCAGGAUACACACCACCACUCCACAGAGAAGCCCCUGAUUCAGUGCUACAAGUGUGGAGAGCCAUGCAAGGGUGAGGUGCUGCGGGUGCAGAACAAGCACUUCCACCUCAAGUGCUUCACCUGUAAAGUGUGCGGCUGUGACCUUGCCCAGGGGGGCUUCUUCAUGAAGAAUGGAGAUUAUUUGUGCACACUGGACUACCAACGCAUGCACGGCACCCGCUGCAAUGGCUGUGGGGACUUUGUUGAGGGGGAAGUGGUCACCGCCCUGGGGAAAACCUAUCACCCUGCCUGCUUCGUCUGCACCAUCUGCAAACGACCAUUCCCUGCUGGGGACAGGGUGACCUUUAACGGGAAGGACUGUCUGUGUCAGUACUGUGUCGAGCCCAUGUCUCCAGGACCAAAGGACAUCCUGGGCUCCAGCAAUUGUGCAGGAUGCGGUCGAGACAUUAAGAACGGACAGGCCCUCCUCGCGUUGGACAGACAGUGGCAUCUGGGCUGCUUUAAGUGUAAGGCCUGCAGUAAAGUGCUAACCGGGGAGUACAUCAGCAAGGAUGGCGCCCCCUACUGUGAGAAGGACUACCAGAUCCAUUUUGGAGUUCAGUGCGAGGCGUGCCAUCAGUUCAUCACAGGGAAGGUGCUUGAGGCAGGAGAUAAGCACUACCACCCCAGCUGUGCGAGAUGCAGCCGGUGCAAUCAGAUGUUCACAGAGGGAGAAGAGAUGUAUCUGCAAGGAUCAACAGUUUGGCAUCCCGGCUGCAAGAACACGACCAGAACAGAGGAGAGACACAGGGAGCGGUUAUUGCCUCCGUCCCUCUUAUUCCUCCAAAAAACAGAAAGGCAGCCUACGAGGUCGUCAUCUGAGAGCAUUUGUUCCCGACCUGGUUCAAGCAUACCUGGCUCACCGGGUCACACGAUCUAUGCAAAAGUAGACAAUGAGAUCCUUGAUUACAGAGACCUAGCUGCUAUUCCAAAAGUCAAAGCCAUUUAUGACAUUGAGCGCCCUGAUCUUAUUACCUAUGAACCUAUGUACACCACCUCCCUGGAUGAGAGAGAGGAGAGACAAGAGAGUGUGGGAGAGCUCCACAUUGCCAGGAGGGAGCGUUCCCCCUUGCCCGACGACAAGUCCUCAAGGAACAUGUCACCAACCCCAACCACUGAGGUUACUUAUGACAGGAGGGAGCGCAUCCUCCAAAGGUCCACUAGUCAGGGUUCCAUAGGAUCACCAGUUUAUAAUCGCCAUGGUUACACCCCGACUUUGUCACGGUCCCCGCAGCAUUUUCACAGGCCAGAGGCUCUGACAGGCAUGCAGAAGCUCUGCUCCUCCCUGUGCAGUAACAGUGUGGGCUCCAGAAAUAGUGACUCCCGCCCUACCUCCCCUUUCAGACACCACUUCCUCCCCCAUAGCCAAGGCACUGACCCGCCAAGUGGCCGGAGCUCUCCACUUCCGCUCAGGCCCGACAACCGGCCGGUCACCCCGCCUCUCUCUCUGACCCCUAAACAUUUCCACCUCCCAGAUCAGGGGAGCAACAUCUACAGAAAACCACCCAUCUAUAAACAACACGAUACAGCUGCCAUAGCGAGUCAAAGCAAGUCGGCUGAUGACAUCAUCAGAUCCGCCACCUUCCCCGCAGCCCAUGCUCCCUCUCUGGAUGACAGCUCACGGAGCGAGGGCGGUCGAAGGCCCUACUCUCUCACUGUCUUAGCACCCAUAGGCACAGAAGGGAGGAGACGAUCUAGAGAAGAAGAGGAAGAAGAGGCCUUGAAAAGAAAGCAGCUCCAGGAGGAACAUCUCAGCAAGAUUCAGUCUGGCCUGGGAAAGCUCAUUUUGAAGGAGGAGAAGGAAAAAGAACAGAUCAGGGAGCGUCACGGACGUAGCCUCUCCGCUCAGCGCUACGACACCAAGACCAACUGUGACGCAGAUCCAACUUCUCCAACAAAAACAAACUCUCUGCCGGGCUAUGGAAGGAACGGGCUACAUCGGCCCCAGUCCACGGAUUUUACCCAGUACAACAGCUAUGGCGACAUGUGUGGGGGAGGCAGAGAGUUUCAGCACAUUAAGGAUGGCCGUGCAGCACUUGCAAGGAUGGACAGGGGAGUAUCUAUGCCUAAUAUGUUGGAACCAAAAGUGUAUCCCUAUGAAAUGCUCAUGAUAACCAGUAGAGGGAGAGCUAAACUGCCCAGGGAUGUGGACAGAACCAGACUGGAGCGCCACUUAGCACCCGAAACGUUCUUUGACAUCUUUGGAAUGGAGAUCCAGGAGUUUGACAGGCUUCCCCUGUGGAAACGCAACGACAUGAAAAAGAAGGCCAAGCUCUUCUAGCACUCAGAGCGGCAUGCAUAUACUGUACAUUCAUCCAGAUAGCACACAACAACUGUAAUCUAGAUGUAGGUUUUGGUUUAUUUUGUUUUCUCUCUGGUUUUAUUUUGUUUCAUCCUGACAUUAUUAAGGAAGCCACAAACUGGACUCUUUGUUGCUUUGACGCCUCCUGAGACUGCGAGCUGAAUGAUUUGUCCAGUUAGACUUGCAAAGGAAUGGGAAUCUCUUCCAUGUUCAAAAAUGACAAAGAAUGAGAAUGAACGAUAAAUAGGGUCAUGUUAUUUGGUUUGACUGCGCUCGUUUUACUUCUUGCUUUGCUUUGAGUGGAACUGCUCUCCUUUCUUUCUUGCUUGUUUAUUCUUACUAUUCGUUGCUGUUGAGUCCUGUGGAACUUUGUAAGUACAGUAGAACCUCAUGGCGCCAUUACAAAAUGUCCAUGCUUGUAGCUUGAACAUGUGUCAGCUUUCCUUUGCUUGGGCUGAAACAGUUUUAGUCCAAAGUUUGCAAGAAUCGGCUCAGUGAGUCUUGGAAUAAAAAACAAAACAAACCCUGGGAAAGCAGUCAGCUGACCCUGUUUUUCCAGAUCGACAUGGAAACGAAUGAUCCAAGCACCUACACAUCAUCAGUCUCCUUCCCCUGGCUACUGUUCAUGCCAAAUAUCCAUCUGACCCUGACAAAAAGAAAAUGUCUCUCUUCUCAGGCUCUCAUAAACAUGGCAGACACGUUCCCUUUACAUGUAUUGGAAGUACAAAUCUUAAUAUAUUUUAUUGCCAUAUCCAACAUAAUAUAAACCAUCAAUUAAAAGAACACAUAAUGUAAGAAGCAACUGUAUUUGAAAGUACUGUUUUAUAAAUGAAAACCCACACUGCCAUUUGUUGUAUUGAAAUCUAAGCCAAUAAAGCUUUAAAUCACCACAAAUCA